CGGCACGCGCUCACUGAGAGUGAGGAAGAAAGAGAGCAGAAAUACCAGAAACAGCAGCAGUAAAUAUAUGGAGAGAAUCAGAGCAGGUUCCCUUCUUGCAAAGAAAGUGCGUUGAAGAUUUGCCAUUUAUAGAGAGAAAAAGAAAAGAAAAAAGAAGAAGAAGAAGAAAAGGUAGGUGGGAUUGAAGUAUCCAAACCACUGAUUUUCAUGCACACGCUUUCUCCCUCUGUCACAUGCACACAAACAAUUCCCCGUUUCUUUCUGUAAAAAAAUUCCGUGGGCAUGCAAUUCCAAUCAAAGAAAAUUCAUGGUUGUAGUGGGGGGCAAACAGAAAGUGCACCCACUCACGGUAUAGUGUGUGUUUGUGAGAGAGCUUUUUGUUUUUUUCUCGAGUCUUUUAAAUUAUUUUGUUUUCUCUUCUUCAGGUACUUUUAAUCUUAUGGGCCUUGUCUGCAUGUAAGGUGCUGAAUCUUUAUGAUGAAUAGAGACAGUUUUGGGCUCAAAUAACAAUAAUAGUGGGGGUGGGGAGGGCAAAUAACACAAGGGAGGGGGAAAGGAAACAAGAAAAAGGAAGUGAAGAAAGAAAAUUUAGAAGCUUUGUGUAGUAAUCUUUUUUGUUUGGAUGUGUGUAGUACUGAUGAUGACUAUUGAGGGUUUGUUCGUAUGUCGGUUUUGGGAGGGUAAAGGAUUCUACUGAGGGGAAAACUAAGAGAGAAUAAUUGCGGCAAAAUCGGGGAAAAAGCUCUCAAGGUUUCUUUUCUCUCAUCUCUUUACCUGUUCUUGGCUUUUUGAUGUAUCUCUUUCAGAGAGCUGGUGUUGAGUUGUUUUGAGAGUGAAGGUUUGUUGAAUUUCAUGAAAAGUUUGAUCUUUGAUUGAUUGAACCCUGGAUUUGCCCAAGAAUCCGUGUAUUUUUCUUGGCUUUUUGUUUUUGCUGAGCUUGAAGGUGGUGAUUUUUGCUGUUUGCUACAGCCAUUGAUUUCAGAGAAUUGAUUUGAAGAAGAAGUUCUUGAGCACCACCUGAAAGAAACAAGCUCUGAUGGCAGAUUAUGGCUCUGUGCAACCCCCUAAAAUCAAUUAUAAACAGCUCAGUUCCUCAUUUUUCAGUUCACCUAGGUUAUUCACUGGUUUUGUCUCAAAGGGCUGUAAUGAAACUGAAUCCACUAUGAGUAGUCCCACUUCAAUUCUUGAUACCAAACCAUUUUCUGCUCUGAGAAACCCCUUUUGGUCUGAUGUGAAAACUCCCAAAACUCCUAAACCAGAAUGUAAGAGUCUUUGGGAGAAAUUGGAUUCAAGAGGGGUUGGUCUUGGCCUUGUAGACGCCCUCAUUGAUGAGAAGUUUGAGUCCAACUUAUCAAAACCUCAUAGCAGAAUGGUUCUUUUUGGUUCACAGUUGAAGAUUCAGGUCCCUCCCCUGCCUCCACCUGUUCUUUCCCCUAAUGAAUCACCAAAAUCUCCUGGUGAUUUUGGUAUCAAGACUAGGAAUUCUCAUGUGGGUUCAUUCUCACCUGGCUUGUCCACUUCCCCUGUGAAGAAAUCCCCAUUUGGUUCGUCUAAUCAUGGUGGUUUGAGUAGCCUUUCUGCUAGUGAAAUGGAGCUUUCUGAGGACUACACGUGUGUGAUAUCCUACGGCCCGAAUCCGAGGACUACUCAUAUAUUCGAUGAUAGCGUUGUUGAGAGCUGCUGUGGUGUUGUCAAGUUCUCUGAAUCAAGAAAGGAGAAUGUGUUCUUUGCCAAUCGGUCGAUGAGUUACCCAUCUGAGAGUUUCCUCAGUUUUUGCUACUGCUGCAAGAAGAAUCUUGGACAAGGGAAAGACAUUUACAUGUACAGGGGUGAAAAAGCAUUUUGCAGCAGUGAAUGUCGUUACAAGGAGAUGAUGCUGGAAGAGGAGACGGUGGAGGGGCCGGAAACCUCAGACUCCGACGACAUUUAUGGUACUUUUCCAUGACAACUCUCUCACCGGCUUCAUUACACUGAUGCCCGUCUCAUCGACCUGAUCAUCGAUAUUCGCUCGCUGUAAAACUCAUACAUCAAUGCAGAUGAAUCAAAUCAAGAUUGUACAAUACCCCAAUGGUUUGAGUCUGUUUUGGUGUUUUUCUUCAGAGUCUCUGUAGACUGGAAUCCAAGAUUUUUGGUGUUUGUUUGUUUGUUUUUUUUUUUUUUAUUUGAAAGAAGGAGAAAUAGUCUAGUUCUUGGCAUUGGGAGUUGAGAUGAUGAUCAUGAUGAUGUUGGAUUAAGGGCCUGAUUGGGUUUGAUUGUUUAUUUUACUACAGAUAAUCAUCUCAUAAUUUAACUACAUUAUGACCUCGAUUGAGUUGGAUUCUUUCCUUUUUCCUAUAA